GGCAUCUUAACCCUGAGACAAACGCAGUCCUUAUUUUUAAGGACGCUAACUUCCUCUUCUGUCUUCAGAAGUAGGUGAGUUGCCUUACUUAAUUUCUUUGUUCACUAGUACUUAACUCUCCGUAUUCAAAGUGCUAUGUGCAAGGUUGGUCUGUCCUCAAGAAGCUUACAAACGAACCCAAAAAAUGACCAGACGCGUGCCAUAAUAGGCUCUUUAGGUGCUGGGUUACGUUCUUCUGCGUAGCUGUCUACCAUGGAGACCGCUCGGGAUCCUCACGGACUUUCAAACCCGCCAAAGUUCGAUUCUCCGAACCCGCCUCCCAUUCGAGCAACGUGGGUCCCGCUAGGUUCUAAGGCUCUGGGCGGCUCCAAGGGACCCCGGGGGGCAGAAACCCCGCCCUGUGCGUUGAGAGACGCCCGGCACAACCGUUGCCUUCCUCACCCGCUGGCGGGAAGCCGUACCGCCCUCUUGGCCCUCCUCCCUCAGGCCAACGCCCGCCCAAAUCCAGCCCGGUGAAGCCGCGACUCACCCUUUCGCAGCGAUCCGCAGUUGAUUAGUAGCGCCUGUAGGACGCGCGCGGGCUCUACUAGUGCGGCCUGCGGGGCGGAGCCACCGCUGCCGCCUCUGGUCUGGUGUGUGAGGAAGGCCCUAGGCCGGGGCCUGCCGUGGUGGGAGUCGCCGGACGCCGGGGCUCGCGACCGCUCUACGUCCUCUCCACGCCACCUUCUGCCAUUUCGCGGCCCCAGAGGGCUGGGCGCGGGGAAGACCUGCCGGCGCCAUGGAGGACGAGGUAGUCCGCAUCGCCAAGAAGAUGGACAAGAUGGUGCAGAAGAAGAACGCGAGUUAGACAAUGAGAGAGAGAGAGACAGAAAGGUCUUCCUUCCAUUGGUUCACUCCCCAAAUGGCUGCCACGGCCGGCGCUGCGCCGAUCUGAAGCCAGGAACCAGGCUGGAGCAUUGGAUUUGUUGAAGGAGCUUAAGAAUAUUCCUAUGACCCUGGAAUUAUUACAGUCCACAAGAAUUGGAAUGUCAGUUAACGCUAUUCGCAAGCAAAGUACAGAUGAAGAAGUUACAUCUUUAGCAAAGUCUCUCAUCAAAUCCUGGAAAAAGCUAUUAGAUGGACCAUCAACAGAAAAAGACCCUGAAGAAAAGAAAAAAGAACCUGCAAUUACAUCACAGAAUAGCCCUGAGGCAAGAGAGGAAAGUAGCUCCAGUGGCAACGUGAGCAACAGAAAGGAUGAGACAAAUGCUCGAGAUACUUACGUUUCAUCUUUUCCUCGGGCACCAAGCACUUCUGAUUCUGUGCGGUUAAAGUGUAGGGAGAUGCUGGCUGCUGCUCUCCGAACAGGAGAUGACUACGUUGCCAUUGGAGCUGAUGAGGAAGAAUUGGGAUCUCAAAUUGAGGAAGCUAUAUACCAAGAAAUAAGGAAUACAGACAUGAAAUACAAAAAUAGAGUACGAAGUAGGAUAUCAAAUCUUAAGGAUGCAAAAAAUCCAAAUUUAAGGAAAAAUGUAUUGUGUGGGAAUAUUCCUCCUGAUUUAUUUGCUAGAAUGACGGCAGAGGAAAUGGCUAGUGAUGAGCUCAAAGAAAUGCGGAAAAACUUGACCAAAGAAGCCAUCAGAGAACAUCAGAUGGCCAAGACAGGUGGAACGCAGACUGACUUGUUCACAUGUGGCAAAUGUAAAAAGAAGAAUUGCACCUACACUCAGGUGCAAACCCGUAGUGCUGAUGAACCGAUGACCACAUUUGUUGUUUGCAAUGAAUGUGGAAAUCGAUGGAAGUUCUGUUGAGUUGGAAGAAUUGGCAAAAUAUCUGGACCAUUAAGAAAACGAAUUUUGUAAUUAGCUUUCAAACUAGGCCAAGCAACUAGUUUUCCUGCAAAACAAAUUUUUAAAGCAACAUACAUCCCUUGGAUUAAUCUGUUUUCAACUGAACAUCCCUUCCUUUAAAUGCCUUUUGUAGUCAGAUCAGUAGGGCCACCAUAUAUUAAUUAUAUGGCAUCUGUUUUAUAAGUAAGUUGACAUUAAACUUUCAUCAGUUAAACUUUCAGUAAUUUAAGGUUUUUUUCUCCUUAAAAAAGUUCUUUAACUUUUACAUUCUGAAACAUACACAGUAGAUAUUUUCUGUCACUCUGUUAACCCAUAAAUGAAAAUUACAUUGUUUUCUAUAUUGGCAUGUACUUACACCAGAUAUUACAGGAAUAUAAAAGGUAAUAUAAUUUUAAGUUUACCAAAUAUGGUGUGUAUUCAAAUGAUACUUGACCAGCUUAUCUAAAUUGUAUAUAAUAUUUGAACUAGCACAUGAAUUUGAUUUUAAUUAUUCACAAGCCUGGAUAAUUAGAUAUUAUUUUGCAUCUGUAACUAACCAUGAUCAUCAUUUCUUGUAUAUGUAUAUUACUUGUUCUUAAUAGAUUUUACUUUUGGAAAUAUGACUUGACUUUGUUGAAAUCAGUUUGGUUUUGUUGUUUAUUUACCUGUUUAACUUCGUAGUGUAUUUUAGUUUUGCAGAAACCACCUUUGUAGUUCAGUAGGAUUUUCAUAAAUGCCCUCACAGGCGAGGAAUAAAAGCUUCGGAUGAUUUUCCCCCCUCAUGGGAAGACAUACUGAGAAGAAAAUGUUAGUAUCUUAGUAUAGGGUAGUUAUUGUAAACAGCUCAUGACUCGAUUUUGAUUUGGACAUUUAUACUGACCAAGGAUUAAACGUAAGGAUUGUAUAAAAUAAUUAAAGCUGUGGUCUUUAACUAUAAAAGUUGCUAGAAAA